AUGGUGUGCCUUUCGGGCACCGACAGGUGUUUAGCAACGAUGAUGCUAAUGACAAUAAUAGUAAUGCUCCUUGUGGCGGGAUCGUAUGGCAAUAACCUGAUUCUGACCGGUGAAAACUGCGUUAUCAAGGAACCGUUGUACAAUACGACCUUCAAUCUUUCGGGGCUUAAUUCGGACCUAGCGCACCACGCAACCUCGGACAUCAACGAGAAGUUUAUAUUCGACGUGUGCGAUCAGUUGGACACCAAGUGUCACGGCGUUUCCGGCGGUGCGGCAUGUCUCCGUCGGCGAAACGGAACCGAAAUUCUUUUGGGCAUAAAAUCGACCCUCCAGUUUGUCGAUGGCAGGUUGCACUUUAAUUUUAGCGGUGGUGAGCGAUGCCGAGAGGACAAAAACUACACGUUCGAUAUUAUACUGAUGUGCAGUUACGGAGUGGAGACCGAACCGAUGAACGUGGUUCCGUAUUCAGAGGAUCAGUGCAACUAUUUUAUGUUCUGGACGACGCAACUGGCGUGUGCACCUUUGCCGGACAGGGUGAAGAAUAACGAAUGUGCUGUGAAGGAUGCAACAGGACAUACCUUCAACCUUCUGCCACUGAGUCAUGUUAAUCAUCACGUUUCAGAUCGUAAUGGUUCGCACUUUUUUGUGACUAUAUGUAAACCCGUACACUAUGGACACAUGACGAUGUGCCCUCCGGGUGUCAGUGUGUGCUACGUGAAUGAUACGGAGGAGAAUUAUGAACGGAAGUUCCACGAUUAUGGUCAAACCGAUCCAAAUCCAACCAUCGAGAAUGGCAAACUGGUUAUGAAUUUGCUGUCAAAAGAAGGUUCAUGCCAAAGUUCCAAGAUUAUUUUCGAAUGUGACCCCAAAGCAACGGAAGAAAUACCAGAAUAUGUUGGACAAGAACAUUGCACUUACCUCUUUUCGUGGAGAACGUCGCUAGCUUGUAAGAAGCAAGAACCUUGUGCAGUGAUGGAUCCUAUCAGCGGGUUGGUUUUCAACAUGUCUUCUCUAGCUAAUCAAAAGUAUACCGUCGGACAAGGGGAUUCUUUGUAUGAGUUCAGUAUAUGCAAAUCGGCAAAGAGCCAGUGCCCUGAACAAUCAGGGGCGUGCCAGUUGACACCCAAUAAUUCCCAAGCCAUGAAUGUAGGUGCCAUAAAUGACGUACUUCUGACAAUCAGAAGCGAUGGGCCACAAAGAUAG